AUGCAUCGAUUUUACCAACCUAUUCUACCUUCUUCAAAUCUUUUUCUUCAACAUAAAUGGGAUUUUAUAAAUUACGAAACUCACCGACAAAAAGUGAAAAACAUUCGCUCCAAGAUUGAUCAAACAGCCCCACGAACUUACCCCCACUUGUACUUAAGACCAAAGCAAUUGCAAUUAGAAAUGGAACGCUUCUGUACUAUCCAACGACAGAAUAAAUAUCUUUUGGAAAAAGUGGAGAAAAUACAUCGCUAUGGUGGGUGGAUUGAUACCGACAAUUCUCAACAUAAACCCAGGAGUAUCAACACAAUCGCAAGGCAGAAAGAAGCUGUAAGGGUUUCUUACGAAAAUCAAACAAUGCUCAACAGAAUUAAAGGCGAGCACACCAGCUACAACAGAAGUCAGCUGGAAAGCUCCUUUGCAAUGCAGGAAAAGUACAGAGCCAACAUUGACAAGUUUCCAAGAGAGUGGCAAGAGAUGAGUAAAGACAUGAAGCGAUUCAGGGCUGAUAUCAGGAAAAAAUAUAUUUAUCCCAAAUAUGGAAAACCAAAAUCUCAAAAGAAGAAAUUGAAAAAGAUAGAGCAAAAGACUGAGCCAGAACAGCAGCUUAUUGCAAGCGCCGAAGAACCGGAGAUUACCAUUUAUGUUCCAGAAGCAGCUGAGUUGAAAGAGGAACCGAAACAUCAUGUGACAAUUUUGGAACGCAUAAGAAAUAUUUUUGCAAGGAAACAUGACGAAACUCAAAUUGAAAUUCUUGCAGAGAAUGGAAAAGAAGGGGAGGAUAGUAAACCUAAAGAUGAAAUACAUCAAGAUAAGGAAAAAGACGAUAAAAAUCAAGAUAAAGAAAAGGACGAUGCAAAUCAGGAUAAAGAAAUGGAUGAAACAAAUCAGAAUGAGGUAGAUCAAGAUAAACAAAAGGAUGAAGUCAAUCAGAAUGAGGAAAAUAAUAAAGCAAAUGAGGACCAGAAAAAAGAUGAAAUAAAUCAAGAAAAGGAUGUAGAAAACGACGCAGAUGAAGUGGAAGAGGAUACCAGAAACUCUUCAGAUAUAGAUAAUUUUACAUCUUCUAAAAAUUCAAAAUAG